AUGACCGUUCGGCUUCGGGCGGUUCCCCUUCCCUUUUUCUUGUCUGUCCUGUUUGCAGGACAGCCAGUGGCCAGUGCACGGAAAGUGGAGUACGAGUAUCAUGGGGGUGCCGCCUUCCAGGGUGCCGCCUUCCAGGGUGCCUGCCUGCCUCUCUUUCUUCCCUCUUGGAGCCUUGUUGCACCAAACCAGCUUCUCGCACCAUUCCCUGCCCGUCCAAAGUCCAUCCUUCGGCCACCCACCCUUGGACCACGCCCUUGCCAGUCUGCAACCCCCUGCAAAAACCCUGCAAAGCCCUGCCACCUCCCGUCAAGGGACUUGGCCAGUCAGGGCGGUUGGAUGAAGCGGCUCGAAGGGUUGCGGGUGCAAGAGGCGUCAGUGGGCGUCAUGGUGGGCGACCGACCUUUGGAACAGUCAACAAGUCUCCAGGACAUGGAGACAUCUGGAUUGAGUGAUUGCAGAAUCCAUCGUCUGCUGGGUCUGGGGUCCUCGUCGGGCGUGGAGCAGGUCACUGAUAAGGACGGCUCCUCCUCUGCCUCCAUCUCCACCGCCUACCCCGUCUUCGGCCGUCACGCAAUUCCCCAUUUUUUUUUAGUUUGA